UGAUCCUGAGACUGAUGACAGUGCUGAUUGGAAGGAGACCAGAGAACCUCAGUCAGCUUUAAACUCUCUGAAACAUGCUUCAACAUGUAAGAAACCAUUCAGCUGCUCUGAGUGUGGGAGAAGAUUUGGCCGCAAGUCAAAUCUGUAUGAUCACAUUAGAGUUCACACACGAGAGAAAAGAUACAGCUGCAGUGUCUGUACCAAAAGAUUUGUCUGGCGUUCACAGGUCAAAAAACAUAAAUGUGUUGGUGGUCAGUCAUCACAGCUUCCUCAGAGUCACACUGAGGAGAACCGAGAGGCAGAGCCUGAACCUCAGUCAGCUUUAAACUCUCUGAAACAUGAUUCAGCAUGUAAGAAACCAUUUAGCUGCUCCGAGUGUGGUAGAAAAUUUGGCCGAAAGGCGCAUGUGAGAGAUCAUAUGAGAAUCCACACAGGAGAGAAACCUUUCAGCUGCUCGGUCUGUCAGAAGUCUUUUAGACACGGUGGAGGUUUACGGUCACACAUGGUAGUCCACACAAGAGAGAAAAGAUUCAGCUGCAGUGUUUGUAACAACAGAUUUGCCCAGCGUACUGAUGUCGAUACACAUAAAUGUGUUGGUCCGAUGGAAACAGAAGCUGAUGGAGAGGACUGUGGAGGACCAGAAUCAGCCAGGAACUCACAUCCACUUUUACAACCAGAGACUGAAGACCAGACUGGAGACUCUUCAGAGACUGAGACUGAUCCUGAGAAUGGUGACAGUGCUGAUUGGAAGGAGACCAGAGAACCUCAGUCAGCUUUAAACUCUCUGAAACAUGAUUCAAGAUGUAAGAAAACAUUCAGUUGCUCUGAGUGUGGGAGGAGAUUUGUCCAAAGGGGACAUCUGAAGAGACACAUGAUGACUCACACAGGAGAGAAGCCUUUCAGGUGCUUAGACUGUAAGAAAUAUUUUACACGGAUUGGUGACUUACAGAAACACAUGAGAAUCCACAGAGGAGAGAAGCCUUUCAGCUGCUCUGAGUGUGGUAAAGCUUUCACUGAAAGUGGAACCCUGAAGAGACACAUGAUAACUCACACAGGAGAGAAGCCUUUCAGCUGCUCAGUCUGUAAGAAAUCUUUUACUCAGAGAGGAGGUUUACGGACACACAUGUCCGUCGUCCACACAGAAGAGAAACCUUUCAGCUGCCCGGUGUGUCAGAUGUCGUUUACACGGAGACAAUAUUUACAGAGACAUUUGAUCAUCCACAAGGGAGGGAGGCUUCCCAGCUGCUCGUUGUGCGGUAAAGGUUUCACAUCAAGUGGAAAUCUGAAGAGACAUAUGAUGACGCACACAGGAGAAAGACCUUUCAGCUGCUCUCUCUGUAAGAAAUCUUUUAGCGAGAGAGGAGGUUUAAAAAGACACAUGAUGACUCACCAAAACAAAAAAACCUUUAGCAGUUUAGAGUGCGGUUUUAUUGAGAGCAGUGAAAUUAAGAUACAGUUGAUAGCUCACACAGGAGAGAAGCUUUUCAGCUGCUCAGUCUGUCAGAAAUCUUUCACACAGAGGGAUAGUUUGCAGAGACACAUACGCAUCCACACCGGAGAGAAAAAGUACAGUUGCCGUUUUUGUGGGCAAAAAUUUGCCUGGUCCACCAGCCUCAAAAUCCAUCAGUGUGCUGGUCGACCUCUACAACCAGAGACUGAAGACCAGACUGGAGACUCUUCUGAACCUGAGAAUGAUGACAGUGCUGAUUGGAAGGAGACCUCUGGAGACUCCACCAGCUGA